AUGACUCCCACAUUGCUCACUGACACCACUUCCAAGGGAUAUGAUACUGGUUCCCAGGGAAGCCAUAAUAUAGCAAAAGGUUUACCCCAUCCUCACCCAAUACCCCAGUUUACAGAUAUGAUGGAAAAACGGAAAUGGAUGCUUGAACAUAUGGCUUGUGCGUUUCGUGUGUUUGGUCGAAAGGGGUACCUGGUGGGAUCUGCUGGUCACAUCUCUGUGAAGGAUCCCGUGACCCCUGGAACAUUUUGGAUCAACCCUUUAAACAAGCAUUUUUCGCUUAUCAAAGCGAGCGACAUGGUUCACGUUGAUGACAAUUGCAACAUAUUGCCCGACGGAAACCAGGCCGCUGUCAAUGCUGCUGGCUUCUCCAUCCACGUGGCCAUCCAUAAGGCCCGUCCAGACAUAGCGGCAGCUUGCCAUACCCAUCUGACAUACGGCAAGACGUUUCUGACCUUUGGUCGAGAAUUGGAAAUGAUCAACCAGGACGUUUGUAUUUUUUACAAGCGCCAGGUUGUGUUCUCGAACUUUGGAGGAGUGGCGCUCGAUGAGCGUGAAGGCGAGGAGAUUGCUGAGGCUUUGGGAGCCAAUGGAAUUGCUGCAAUUUUGCAAAAUCAUGGACUCUUGACCACCGGUUCCACCGUUGACGAGGCCGCUUUUUUGUUCACUUUGUUGGAGGACUCGUGCCAUGCCCAGCUCUUGGCUGAUGCUGCUGCUGCCUCGGGUAUCAAAAAGCAAAUUAUCUCGGAUGAAGUUGCCGAUUACACUUGCAAAAUGACAGGCGACCCAGAAUCGUUAUACGCCGAGUUCCAGCCUGAUUUCGAGUUGGAGGUUGAAUUGACGAACGGGGCUUUUUUGAAGUAG